GGCACUGAGUGCGCUUGCGUUGCAUGCUCGCGGCGGGGAGAGCGGACGGGUUCGGCUCCUUUGGUGAAUCUGAGGCGACUUGGGAAAGGGAGGGUGGCUACUAGCAAUGGGUAAGGAGCAGGAGCUGCUCGAAGCGGCGAGGACCGGCAAUGUAGCCGUGGUGGAGAAGCUGCUAAGCGGUAGGCAUCGGCUGUCGGCAGGCAGCGGUGGAACGGUAUCCCUGCCUCAGCUUUCCAACCUUCUCAGCAUUUGGAGAGGGCCAAAUGUUAACUGUGUUGACACCUCGGGUUACACUCCACUGCACCAUGCUGCUCUUAAUGGACAAAGGGAAGUUGUUGAAAUGCUACUGAAGAAUGAAGCUUCCACUAACAUUGCAGAUAACAAGGGGUGUUAUCCACUUCAUCUUGCUGCUUGGAAAGGAGAUUCACAUAUAGUCAGACUUCUUAUUCAUCAAGGACCAUCCCAUGCAAAAGUCAACGAACAGGAAUUGGAAGAAACACAAGGACCUUGACAACUUCAACUUUUGACAUGAAAUAUUUCCAAGUACGCCCAGUGUCAAGGAAUUUGUGUUUUGAAAUAGCUUUAGACGAAUAUUUUCCUCUGUGCCAGUUUAUCCCCCAUAUUACUUGGUACAUAGCUGAAAACUACCAGUACUGAAUUUUCCCAUAACACAAGUAAAAAAUGCUGUAAAUACUUGGCAGGUCAAGUAGUAUCUGUGGAGAGAGGAACUGACAGCCUGCAGUAUCAUCUGAAAAUAAUUAUAUCUCAAUGUUUGGAUGCCAUGAAUAAUAAUUCCAGAUGUGUUUUCCUUCAAGAUAUUAAACUUUGUGGUGACUCAUGCCACUGCUGUUUUGCUUUAAAUAUUGAAUACACCAAAAUUAUUUUCCUCAAAAUGGCUUGACUGACUUCAUUUUUCUUGUUUGAAAUUCAAGAGCUACAAAUUAGAAAAUAAGUUUAUUUACAUAUUAUGGUAGUGAUCUGUGUGUACUUUCCACUAGGGCAGUGGACUUGAAUUGAAUAUUUGUAGGAUGAAAAUGAUUGUUUCUGUUGUGUUUAAUAUGCCCACGUACUGGUCUUGAAAUUGCAAUAAAAGAACAAAGAACUGCAGAUGUGGAGAUCUUAAACUAAAACAGAAAUUGCUGGAGAAACUCGGUCUGACAGCAUCUGUGGGA